UGAAAUCGUUGUUAAAACAACGUAAAAGUUGAAUAAAUGUCUGAUCAAAAAAACUUUAAAAAGUAAUAAUGUAAGGUGCGUAACUCCACUGUGCAUAAAUUUGAAAGUUUCAUAAGUAUAAUAAGAUUGAAAGGAUUUGACAUAUUUUACCAUUUAUCAUUUGAGAAAACCGAUGCAGUGAUUCAAUACUUCGUACCACACAACUGAUUAACUUUUAUACUUCAAUAUGUACAUCAAUUAACGAACAGUAAAAAACAUUCUGUCCAUUGACAAUUUUUAGUAUUUUUAAGUAUGUUAUAGACAUUCGUUGUUUCAGAUUUGCGUCCUCAUGCAAGUCCAUAUUUAUUCAUUUGUCUUUUCACUCUAUAUAAGAUAACCAGAACAAAUUUAGUCAAUGGAAUUUAUGUACAAAACUCUGGAGAUUGAAACUAUCCGAUUGCAAAUUAAAUACACUUGAAGUUUCAAUACUUUGCUGUCAUCUUUACGGAACAAUUUAGUAUUUAUUGCUUCAAACAUUUAACGAUAUGUGGCGCUGUCACAAUAUUACAAAGUAUCUUUUCGUUUGGUCAGAAUCGCCAUAUUCUAAAAGCUCUUCUAAAGAGGCAUGCUGCGUUAUGGUUCUUCCCAUUCCUUAGUUGGUGGAUCUGUAUGGGGUUUUGUAACUCAUUUACUUAUAUAAUUCACAGAAUUAUGGAAUAAAAUGCAUAAUUUGUUCAAUUUUCCAAUCUGAAGUAGAGGGAAAAGAUAUCUGCAAUGAUUCUACUGUCUUGGAAAUGUUCUUUGUGUCAAAUGCUCAUACGAAGAACCCUACAUAUCGUUUUGAUCACUCAUUUCAACGUACUGGUCACCUACGGCUUAGUGCCUGUCAAAAUUCAGCCAUUUUCCUUACCCCAAAUAAUAGAAGAAGGAAAAACAAUACAAAUUACCUGUGGUAUAGAAGAAGGUGAUGAUCCGAUCGAGUUCAGCUGGUUUAAGAACGGGAAGGUCCUUCAAUCAAAAGAACAAUGGACAAUUCACACCAUUGGAAGGCUGUCAGUUUUUAUUAUAAAUAAUGUGAAUACGAAACACAUAGGAAACUACACUUGUAUAGCAACUAACCCAGCGGGGACGGAUAGUUUUUCGUCAGAACUCAAAGUUCGAGGUUCACCUCGUUGGAUACAUGAACCUCAAGACAUUACCGUUGGCAUUGGGGGAAGAGCUUUCAUCAGAUGUUCGGCUUCAGGAUAUCCAAAACCAGAAAUACGUUGGAAAAGAAUCUUAGGGGGCGGGGUAGAUGGUGGCUUUGUGACGUUACCAGAGACAGGUAGAGUCAAAAUGGAUAAAGAUGGCGCUCUCGUCAUCGACAGUGUUCUGUCGGAAGAUGCAGGUUACUAUAGUUGUGAGGCAUCGACCGGAGUCGCAGCAGACAUAAAUAAAAGUGUACUACUAACUGUAAGAGGUGAAAAUACGAGUUUCUCCUUUUUCUUAUUACAACGUAUCGUCCGUACUUUCAUGUAGACCAAAAAAAUGUAACUCUUCAGCAUAUAAAGCAGCGAAAAUUGAACUGUAUGACUUUUGUAAUCUAUACAUUCGUACAAACAUGGUUUAUUAAAGAAGCUACAAACGUA